CGUCUGUUCUUACAUUUUUGAAUUGUGAGCUAAAUAUUUUGUCCAGACAGCACUUAUGAGCUAAAAAAAAUUAUGAGCUUAGCUCAUAAAAUUGGAAUAAAAAUUCACUAAUAUCAUUGUUGUGAGUUUUAAAUGAAGAAUAACAACGAAUCAAAUUUAGCUCGUAAAUUUUGGAUUACUCCUUGAUAGACUCGUAAUUGGAUUACUUCCCUUUGACCAGAUUAAAAAUUCGCGCCUUUCCUAAUGAGUCGAUUUUACGCGCAACUUCCGGUAAAUGACGUGAAGGCGCGCAUUCAUCUUUAGGAGCUACAGCAGAACAGAAAUUGAGUUUGAUAAUGGAAACAAGAAGGAAAAGAAAAGAGGUAGAGAGCCAAAAGACUGAGUUACAUAAGUUGGUUACUUAUGUUAAAGGUCAGAUUGUUUUUUGCAAAUGGAAGCAUGGAAUCUGGUGGCCUGGUUUUGUAGAAGAGGUUUUUGGGGAAGAUGUAUAUAAAAUUUCCUUCUGGGAAGAAGAUGAAAUGAUUACUUGUAAUGGCAAGCUGAAUCUUCGAGAGUUUCAAAGCAAUUCAAAUUUAAUCGCUUCAAGCUUGAAAAAACUAAGAAGUCCAAGACACUUAAAAGAGAAGUAUUUGCAGGACCUUAAGCAAGCCAAAUCAAUACAAAACAGUAAUAGUCUGGAUACAUCACCUGCAAAAAUUAGUGUUGUUGAUGCUUUAAAGUUGAUAGAUGCUGACUGUGUGUCUGAAGAAAAUUAUACUACUCGAAGUAGGGUAGAAGAAGUGUUCCCAGAAAUUGUUGACAGUGUUGAGGAAGUUGUGUCAGACGACGGAUCUAAGAAUCUCUCCGGUUAUUCAGAGCACAGUAGAAAUUGUUCAAACACAGCAAAAGACAAGGAGAAGGCAGAGAGAGGUGAACAUGGAAGUCUGGAUACAUCACCUGCAGAAAUUAACGUUGAAGAUGCUUUAAAGUUGAUAGAUGCUGACUGUGUAUCUGAAGAAAAUAAUGCUACUCAAAGGUUUAGUAGGGUAGAAGAAGUGUUCCCAGAAAUUGUUGACAGUGUUGAGGAAGUUGUGUCAGACGACGGAUCUAAGAAUCUCUCCGGUUAUUCAGAGCACAGUAGAAAUUGUUCAAACACAGCAAAAGACAAGGAGAAGGCAGAGAGAGGUGAACAUGGAAGUUGUCUGUCAAGAAAGAAAAACACAUUAGAGUGCUUUUUGGAGGACUUAAAGUGGGCUAAAGAAAGUCAUGACACAAGUAAGUGUCAAGUAAGGGUCUCUAGGAAGAGAAAGAAACAGAAAGGCUGCAAGGAGCAGUGCAGCAGACAGAAGAAAAAGAGAAGAAAAUUCAUAAAAAUUCAAGAGGUCCAAGGUUCGGGUGAUGUCGACUGUCCCCAUUUACAGCCCAAAGACCACAGCUGUAUGGAAAUCCAAGCAGGUCUGGGUGAUGUAGACUAUCCCCAACUCCAACCUGAUGACCACAGUUGUUCAGAAUGCCAAGAAGGUCUGAGUGACAUCAACUAUCUCCAACACCAGCCCAAUGACUACAGUUGUCCGGAACCCCAAGUAGGUCCAGGUGACGUAGACUAUCCCCAACUCCAACCCACUGACCAUAGCUGUCUGGAACUCCAAGUAGGUCCAGGUGACGUCAAUUAUCCCCAACUCCAGCCCACUGAUCACAGAUGUCAAUUUCAGUCCGAUAACCACAACUGUUCAGAACCAGAACUCCAAGCAGGUCCAGGUGGUGUUGACUAUCCCCAACUCCGGCCCGAUGACCACAGCUGUUCAGAACCAGAACUCCAAGCAGAUCCGGAUGAAGUAGACUAUCCCCAACUCCAGCCUGAUGACCACAGCUGUCUGGAACGCCAAGCAAGUCUAGGUGACAUUGACUGUCCCCAACUCCAUCCUAGUGACCACAGCUAUCAGGAAUGCCAAGGAGGUCCAGGUGACGUCGACUAUCCCAAACUCCAUCCCACUGAUCACAGAUGUCUGGAGCUCCUAGCAGGUCCAGGUGGCAUUGACUAUCCCCAACUCCAUCCUGAUGACCACAGCUGUCUAGAACGCCAUGCAGGUCCAGGUGACGUAGACUAUUCAGAGGAUUGUGAGGAUCUUGAUGAUCUAAACUAUAUUGUAAAGACUGAAGAUGAAGAGACUGAAGAUGAAAGUGACAGUGAAUCAAGCAUAUUGGAUGAUGAAAGCAGCAGCAGCUUGAUGUCUGAAGAUAAAGAGACCGAAGAUGAAGGUGACAGUGAAUCAAGCAUUUUGGAUGAUGAAGGCAGCAGGAACGAUGUUGUAGUUGAAUCAUGUCCGGGUGAUGUUUACUUUCUCCAACUCCAGCCCGAUGACCACAGUUGUCCAGAACUUCAAGCAGAUCCAGGUGAUGUCGACUAUCCAGGGGAUUGUGAGGAUCUUGAUGAUCCCGACUCUAUUGUAGAGACUGAAUAUGAAAGUGACAGUGAUUUGAGCAUUUUGGAUGAUGAAAGCAGCAGCAACUUGAUGACUGAAGAUGAAGAGACCGAAGAUAAAAGUGACAGUGAAUCAAGCAUUUUGGAUGAUGAAGGCAGCAGGAACUUGAUGAACGAUGUUGUAGUUGAAUCAUGUCCGGGUGAUGUUUACUUUCUCCAACUCCAGCCCGAUGACCACAGUUGUCCAGAACUUCAAGCAGAUCCAGGUGAUGUCGACUAUCCAGGGGAUUGUGAGGAUCUUGAUGAUCCCGACUCUAUUGUAGAGACCGAAGAUGAAAGUGACAGUGAAUCGAGCAUUUUGUAUGAUGAAAGCAGCAGCAACUUGAUGAACGAUGUUGUAGUUGAAUCAUGUCCGGGUGAUGUUGGCUACCCUGAACACCAGCUUGAUGACCACAGCUGUCCAGAACUCCAAGCAGGUCCAAGUGAUGUCGACUAUCCCCAACUCCAACCCACUAACCAUAGCUGUAUGGAACUCCAAGCAGGUCCGGGUGACGUCGACUAUCACCAACUCCAGCCCGAUGACCACAGCUGUCUGGAAAGCAAAGCUGGUCCAGGUGAUGUCGACAACCCCCAACUCCAACCCACUAACCAUAGCUGUCUGGAACUCCAAGCAGGUCCAGGUGACGUUGACUAUCCCCAACUCCAGCCCUAUGACCACAGCUGUCCAGAACCAGAACUCCGAGCAGGUCCAAGUGACGUUGACAAUCCCCAACUCCAGCCCGAUGACCACACCUGUCUGGAAAGCCAAGUAGGUCUGGGUGAUGUUGAAUAUCCUCAACUCCAGCCCGAUGACCACAGCUGUUCGGAACGCCAAGUAGGUUCAGGUGACAUCGACUAUCCAGAGGAUUGUGAGGAUCUUGAUGAUCCUGACUUUAUUGUAGAGACCGAAGAUGAAGAGACCAAAGAUGAAAGUGACAGGGAAUCAAGCAUUUUGGAUGAUAAGAGCAGCAGCAACUUAAUGAACGAUGUUGUAGUUGAAUCAUAUCAGGGUGAUGUUGGCUAUCCCGAACUACAGCCUGUUGAUCACAGUUGUACAGAACUCCAAGCAGUUCCAAGUGAUGUCGACUAUCCCCAACUCCAACCCGAUGACCACAACAGUUCAGAACUCCAAGCAGGUCCAGGUGAUGUUGACUAUCCCCAACUCCAGCCUGAUGACCACAGUUGUGCAGAACUCCAAGCAGGUGCAGGUGAUAUCGACAAUCCCCAACUCCAACCCACUGACCAUAGCUGUCUAAAACUCCAAGCAGGUCCAGGUGACGUUGACUAUCCCCAACUCCAGCCUGAUGACCACAGUUGUGCAGAACUCCAAGCAGGUCCAGGUGAUAUCGACAAUCCCCAACUCCAACCCACUGACCAUAGCUUUCUGGAACUCCAAGCAGGUCCAGGUGAAGUUGACAAUCCCCAACUCCAGCCCGAUGACCACAGCUGUCCGCAAGGCCUUGCCAGUUCAGAUGACGUCGACUAUCCAGAGGAUUGUGAAGAUCUUAAUGAUCCCGACUAUAUUGUAGAGACCGAAGAUGAAAGUGACAGUGAGUCAAGCAUUUUGGAUGAUGAAAGCAGCAGCAACUUGAUGAACGAUGUUGAAGUUGAAUCGUGUAUGGGUGAUGUUGACUAUCCCCAACUCCAGCCCGAUGACCACAGUUGUCCGGAACUCCAAGCAGGUCCAGAUGACGUCGACUCUCCCAAACCAGAGGAUUGUGAGGCUCUUGAUGAAAGAGAUUUAGAUUGUGACAACCCACCGUGCAAAAGAAAACUUGAUGAAAAAGACUGUUUAUUUGACAAAAAGUUCCCAAAUGUUUUUAUUAAGGGAUUGAAAAAAGACAAUGCAAAAUCCAAGCACAAUAGGGUAUAUGAUUGUGUUCAUGCCUGUUUAUACUGUCAUGAAUUGUUCACCAAUAUACAAAGUCAUCUAGAACGUAGACAUGUAAACCACACCAAGGUAAAGGCUAUAAAAGAACUCAAAGACCAAAAGAUGAAAGAAACUAAUCAGGAGAAAAUUGAUAAGUUGGAGAAAAGGCUGAAUUCAGAAAUGAAACUUCUUAGAAACUUGGGAGACCACCAUCAUAAUAUGAAAGUUCUCAGGCAUAAAGAAGGUGAGCUUCUCUUGCCAAGAAGAAGGCUUGUUACCUUUAACUUUGAAGAGUAUGGUCCAUGUCCUAAAUGUAAAGAGUGGAUGGUACUGAAUUCUUCUAUCAGUAAUCAUCAGAAAACAUGUCCAGUGAAAAGUACAGACUAUCACAAAGGUUCUACAAUUAUACAAAUUGGAAUCCUUACAGGAAAAGUGAAGACAACAGGUUCUAAACGGAUUGAGAAAGAAGUGUUACCUUCAAUGAAAAGAGACAAAUUUGCAGAGAUCUGUAUGAAUGAUCCACUCAUCCUUGCAUUGGGAGACGUUUGGUUCAUGAAAAACAUUGAUAAUAAAAGAAAAAGAAAAAACUAUUCUAGUUUUCAUAUGAGGCUAGCAGCACGGCUUCUUUUAGCCUUUAGAAAUUUGGUGAAAAGAAUGGACGUUUCAAUGAGUGAGAUGCUUAGCCCUGAAAACUUUGAUAAUGUGGCAGAAGUAGCUCUUCAAAUUUGCAAUAGUACCGAACAUGAAGAGGAUGAACUCCAGCAUCCUAGCACAGCAAUUAAGUCUGGGUUUGACCUUAUGAGGAUGGCAUCCUCAAAAGUAGGAAUUUCUAUCAAAACAAAAAACAAAGAAAUGAAGAAAGAGGGAGAAGCAUUUAUGUAUCUUAUGAGUAAAGAAUGGGGUUACAAAGUUAACAAAGUUGCAAGAAGUACUCUGUCGGAGCGAAUGUUUAAUCAGAAGAAAGAGCUCCCUUACCCCGAAGACAUAAUGAAACUUUCAUCUUAUUUAGUAGAAAAUUUGGAAUUUGUAGAUCUAUCUUACACUGCUGUUAGUGGUAUGAUGUUCAGACGCAUUGUGAUGCUAGUGGAAGCACGCCUUAUCUUGUAUAACCGCAGGAGACCUGGAGAAUUAGAAGCUCUGAGCUUGCAGUGUUACAGAAAUCGAUCAAAGGAAGUCAGUGCAACCGAUCUCUCUCUUAGAGAACAACUUAGCAAGUUUGAGAAGGAAAUGCUUGACAAUCAGGAAUUGGUGGAGAUACGGGGAAAGAAUGGGACCAGAGUACCGGUUAUUUGUCCGAAGGAGGUUAUCCCUGCAAUGAAUUAUCUUGCCAGUAAAGAAAUUAGAAAAAAGGCAGGAAUAAGAGACGGAAAUCCUUUUCUGUUCGCAAAUACUGCUGAAGAUGUUGUUAGGGCUGGUCUGGCUCUGGAGGAAUUACGAACAGAGUGCCGCUCUUUGAAAUUUCCUGAUAGAAUAUACGCUACAAACCUUAGGAAAUAUUGUGCCACUAUUGCCCAAGUUAUUGGGCUCAAGGAUCAUGAACUUAAAUACUUGUGUAGACAUAUGGGGCACACCAUGGAAGUUCAUGAGUUGCACUAUCGCAGCACAUCAGGACUAAUAGAACGACUUGAAAUUGCCAAACUUAUGGUCAUGCAAGAAUGCAAUGUAGUUGGAAAGUUCCAUGGAAAAAGUUUGAAAGAUAUUACUUUCGAAGACAUUUUGGAUAAGGAAGACAUUUCCCCCACACAAGGAGAAGCCACUAGAGGAGAAGAAACUCCUUCAGUAGAAGAUACAAGUCUAUCUCUAGAUGACAUGGAAGAGGAUGUAUUAGUAUCAAGAAGGAAACCUAAGAAAAGUGUAAGAAAAGCAUGGACAAAAGAAGAAGAAGAAGAAAUGAAGAAAUAUUUUAAGACGUACUACGAUGGUACUACGAAGAAAACUUGCCCAAGUAGAGCAGAAUGCCAAAGAGCAAUUGAGUUGAGCAAAAACAAUGGUGGAUACAUACACCUGAGGAGUUGGGAAACAAUAAAAAAAAAAGUUAACAAUUUUCUUUUCAGCUCUGUCAAGAAGAAGUAAAAACAGAUGUGCAAAUAUGACUGGAAACAUUGGACAUUAGGCUAGAACAUAUUUUUUUAUCAUGAUUGUUUUGCAUUCUUUUUUCAAUGAUUGUUUUGCAGUGUUCUAUACCAUUUUUUUUCCUAAACUCAGUUACAAAGUAAUUGUAGACAAUUCUGUUGUCAAAGCUAACUCUCUGGUUCCUGUUUAGUUAGACCAGAUCUAUACUGAGUUAAAUUUUUUUGAAUAUAAAAAUGGGACACAAGUCUAUGUGAUUAAAGUCAAGUUUUCUUUGUUGAUUGUUGCCCUAUUGGUCAUUUAUAAGGCGUCGAGAAAAUGUCAGCUCGAUGCCUGUGUGGCUGUUCCGGCCUUUGAUUUAUUUUUUGCUAUGGUAGAGAUAAAAGAAUUACCUCUUCAAAUAAAUUGGUUAAAUAAAGACAUUUGCUUUACUUAC